CGCUGCUAGUCCCGUUGUAAUCUGAGUGCAUUUCAAGCAUUAAUGGGAAGUGGCAAAACUACGGCGCUAAACGAGAAAAAUAAAAGCUGAAACUGGUUCUCGCUGUUCCUUCAUCAGAAGAGCGGUUCCCUCUUUUCUCCGCAGGAGAAGACAUGGCCUUCCGAAAGGCAGUGCGGCGGACAGCCCUCAUCGGGGGUGGGGUCCUGACUGCCGCCUUCAGCUUGUCACAGCUGUCACAGUACAGGAGGAAGCAGCUUAAGCUGGAUCGACUGGCACGCGUUCAGGCUGCGGAGCAGGUAGACCUGCCCUCCCUGGAUGAGCUGCCGUCCCGCGCGGCUCAGCUGGCAGCGCUGCAGAACACCGAGGAGUUCGACGUCCUUGUCGUCGGGGGAGGGGCCACCGGCUCGGGCUGCGCCUUGGACGCUGUCACGCGGAAUCUUAAAACGGCCCUGGUGGAGCGCAGCGAUUUCUCAUCCGGGACCAGCAGCCGCAGCACCAAGCUUAUCCAUGGGGGCGUCAGGUACCUCCAGAAAGCCAUCAUGAAACUCGAUUACGAACAGUACCUGAUGGUGAAGGAGGCCCUCCACGAACGUGCCAACCUACUGGAGAUAGCUCCCCACUUGUCUGCUCCUCUACCCAUCAUGCUCCCAGUCUACUCGUGGUGGCAGAUUCCAUACUACUGGGCUGGGAUAAAGAUGUACGACCUGGUAGCUGGAGCCCAUUGCCUGAAGAGCAGCUAUGUUCUCAGCAAGUCCCGGGCUCUGGAGCUCUUCCCCAUGCUGAAGCGGGACAAGCUAGUGGGGGCCAUCGUCUACUAUGACGGGCAGCACAAUGACUCUCGGAUGAACCUGGCCAUCGCACUCACCGCUGCCAGACACGGCGCCGUCACAGCCAACUACACGGAGGUGGUGCAUCUGCUGAAGAGGGUGGACAGCCAGACGGGGACGCGGAGGGUGUGUGGGGCGCGCUGCAGGGACGUACUCACAGGGCAGGAGUUUGACGUGCGAGCAAAGUGUGUCGUCAACGCCACGGGGCCAUUCACCGACUCACUACGGAAGAUGGAUGACCAGAGCACCCACAACAUCUGUCAGCCCAGUGCGGGAGUGCACAUCGUCAUCCCAGGCUAUUAUUGCCCAGAGAGCAUGGGGCUCCUAGACCCAGCCACCAGCGACGGCCGAGUCAUCUUCUUCCUGCCCUGGGAGAAGGUGACGAUCGCUGGGACGACAGACACACCCACCGAGGUCACAGCCCACCCUGUCCCAGUGGAGGAGGACAUCAACUUCAUCCUGAGGGAGAUCCGCAGCUACCUGAGCCCUGACGUGGAAGUGAGACGAGGGGAUGUUCUGGCUGCCUGGAGCGGUAUCCGUCCACUGGUAACAGACCCCAACUCUAAGGACACUCAGUCCAUCUGUCGCAACCACAUCGUGAACAUCAGCGACAGUGGGCUGGUCACUAUAGCAGGCGGAAAAUGGACGACAUACCGCUCCAUGGCUGAGGAAACGCUGGAUGCGGCAAUCAAGGCCCACAACCUGCAGGCUGGGCCGUGCAGAACCGUGGGCCUUUUGCUGGAGGGCGGGAAAGACUGGAGCCCCACCCUGUACAUCCGACUGGUCCAGGACUACGGACUGGAGGUGGAGGUUGCCAAGCACCUCGCCUCAACAUACGGAGGAAAGGCCUUCGAGGUGGCGAAAAUUGCCCGGGUCACCGGGCAGAGGUGGCCCAUAGUGGGCAAGCGGCUCGUUUCGGAGUUCCCCUACAUCGAGAGCGAGGUCCACUACGCGGUGCAGCAGUACGCCUGCACGGCCAUCGACGUCAUCGCCCGCCGCACGCGUCUGGGCUUCCUGAACGUGCAGGCGGCCGAGCAGGCCCUGCCCCGCAUCGUGGACAUCAUGGGGAAGCAGCUUGGCUGGAAUGAGCAGAAGAAGCAGAAAGAGCUGGAAGCUGCCAGAGAAUUCCUGUACCAAGAGAUGGGCUAUAAGGCUCGGUGGGAGCAGCUGACCAACACGUCCGAGAUCAGCCUCACACCCGAAGAGGUUGAACGGUACAAGAAAAGGUUCCACAAGUUUGACAAAGGAAAUAAGGGGUUCAUCACCACUGUGGAUGUCCAGCAGGUCCUGGAGAGCAUCAGCAUCCAGAUUGACGAGAACAUGCUGCACGAAAUUCUUAACGAAGUCGACCUCAACAAAAACGGGCAGGUUGAACUGAAUGAAUUCCUGCAGCUGAUGAGCGCUGUAAAGAAGGGCACAGUGUCAGAUAGCCGGCUGGCUGUCCUGAUGAAGACCGUGGAGGAGAGCUUGGAGGAGAGAGGACCUGUGACCGUGGACCGGAGUGGUGGAGGGGUGUAGGCCAGGCAUCCAACCCCCCCACAGGGAAACCAGCACAGUCCCCGAGCCCCCCCCCCCCUCCCAAUCCAGAUACACUCAAACACAGUCCGUUUAUGAUGAGUAAUAUUAUCAUCAUACUAUCUUUUAAAAUAUUUUUUACAUUUUUCAGAAAGCUUCUCUUGUCAUACGUAAAGCAUGCACUUUUAUUUCUAUAUUAUUGCCAAUUUUCUAUUUUGCCAAUGAUAUUCCAAACAUUUUAUACUUAAUAUUUAUCCAGACCUCUAAUUUAAUAUGCCAAACAUUGCUUCUUUGCACUGCAGACAGCCCAAAAUACGCACAGCUGAGUGUAACGAUUUGAGUUCUGUGUUUUUGAACACGCAUUUUAGUUUCCUUGUCCCGUUGCUGAAUAUUUCCCGUUUUUCUUGCUAAAUUAUUUUUAAGACCUGCCGUUUUUCAUGUGCCAUGCUGCUAUGACAUUUUAGCCUUUUUCAAAAGAUUUUUUUUCAAGAUAAUCAGAUUUAUAACAAUUCUCUGGUUGCCAGGAUAUGUUGAAAUGCCUUUGGCUUUAUUUAAUAUCUUUAAUCGCAAAAAUACAGUUUCCCUCUUGCAAUUAUGUAAUAUAUAAAUUUGAAUCGUA